AUGUCAAAACAUGCAGACAGUUUUUUGAGCCACUGUAUCUGUUAUGUUUUCAUGCCACUUGUAGCUCAUGUGUGCGACCUGCCAGAGGCCACCAUGAUUGCUGCAGUUGCUAAAAAUGCAUCUCCUCUGACUAUGGCAACACAAGAGCAUUUUGGCGAUGGGAUCCUCCACCCCCCUCGUACCAGGAAGCAUACAUUGGAACUCCUCAUUGAUAUUGCCAAGAUGGUUGAUCCCUGGGACCUCGACAAGUUCCAGAAAGCGGCUAAAGCUCUCAAUCUGUCUGGAGUCCACAUGCCUUACUGGCAUGAUUGGAUAUGUGCAUGCCUGUCCAUCUUCCUUGCUGGUGAAAUUCUACAUACCUGCUUCAAAUUUUCUGCCAAUCACCCACUUAAAUGGGUGAAGGAGACUGUAGGAGUGUUAAGGUCGUACUCAAAGGGUAACUGGAUCUGA